GGGCGGCGGGCGGGGGGAGAGCGCCUCGAGGCGGACGUCGGGCGUGCGGGAAGGGGGUGCGCCGCCGGGCCGCGUCCGUGAGGAUGCUGUCGUGGGCCGCGGGGUCUCCCGAGGAGUCCGCCCCGCUGGGCUUGCUCGGUGCGAAGCCAUUUUAUGUAAAACAGCCGGCACGCUGACGUGGUGGUGGGAGAGCGGACCCUGCCGCCGGGAUUUCCACCAUCGCGAAGUUAAAAGGGAGCCUUCUGGACGUGUCCGAUGUGCGCCAAGGCCGGAGGUGUCAGUAGUACGGCUGAGCGUGGAUGUGGACGUGGCAGGAGCUGCUGCGAUGCUGCGCGCGGACCCUAGGUCGACAGUGGAGCUGCAGAGCCGUGCUGCGAGCACCGCUCCAGCUACAGGGCCUGCCCGGCUCCUGCCGUUUGCAAACCGGAGAGCGGGGCUGGGAUGGCCAGCAUCGCUGCAGAAGUGUGGAGUGGUUGACAAAGGGUGUGGCUCGAGGGACGCAGAGGAAACACUCCUGAAUUUUUUCACUUGAGCCUUAAUAGCCCUCGAGCCAGAGCUUCACAAAUGCACUGCCCAUCUGGAUAUGUCCCUGGGUGCUUAAAACCUUAAAAACACGGUGAAUGUGAAAGCAUAUCAUCAAAUUAAAAUAUAUAUCAGGCUUCAGUCUGGGUGUAGUGCAGUGGACUUGCAGGCAGUGUUUGAAGUUAGGGCCAAGAUCAAGGCAGGGGAAAUUCCUGUCCCAGCUUAACUGCUGGGAGCCGCCUCCUGCGGGUACCCGGCUCCCUGUGGGCCAGGAACUUUUGUAGGAUGAACCUUGGCCAUAGCUCUGUCACAGUUAGGGAACAGAAGACUCCUGUGAGAGGGGAAAGGGAUAUAAGACAGCAGGGCCUUAGCAGCAUUUCAGAAGCAGAUUGUAAGUAAGCCCAUCAAGUUCACGAAAGGGUGCUAUUUGCUGCCUCUGUCUGCAUUAUUGCAGAUAACCUCAGGUAUCUUUUGCAUAUUCUGUGAGAUAGGUAUAUAGAGUGAGGUUUAUGAAUAGUUGCUUUGAAAGAGAACCAAAACUUCGCUUGCCUGUUCAUAACAGAUGGCUGAUCUUGUUCUAAUACAAGAAUAGGAAGAGGGGGAUGAAGGUAACACACGGUUUCGGUGUAACCCUUGAAAGCUCUGUGGCUUUGUACUGCAUUUACUGAAGAGUGUACUUGAAGGAGAGGAGCCCAGGCUUUAUUUCGCCAUUGUACACACGUGUGGGGUCCCACACUGUACUUAAGAGUGUGCUGGGUGGAGCUAUCUCCUCUUCAGUCUUCUACUGCAGAAAGCUUUUGUCAGGAGUGUUAUAUAAACUCAUCUGCUUUACAGAUCAGCAGGAGGAGGAAAAAGGAAAUGAUGUGGAAGUCUGGACUAAUAUAGCACAGUUUUCAGAGAGACCUCUGCUGCCUGUUUCUGAUGGCUUUUUUCAGACUGACAUGUGAAGAUGGUUAAUUAAAAAUAUGAAUUUGGCAGUUUGGCUUUGUCAGAGAAAAUAAAUUCCCUCAUAAGAUGGGGAGGAGAACUUUGGUAUGCUCUCCUCCCAGAUUUCUGAACUCCAUCUAUAGUGAUAUGGAAAACACUCUCUGUGUGGAAAGAAGUCAGAAUGAAUGACAGUCAAGACAUAAUGAAAGUGCGUUCUCUUCAAGCCACGUUUGGAGAUUUUGAAUCCAUGAUGAAAAUUGCUCAGCAGAAGCAGGAGGUUACUGAGAAGGCGGUUAAGCAAGGGGAGAAUGAAAUUAAUCGGAUCAGCGAAGUGCUUCAGAAGCUGCAAAAUGAAAUUUUGAAAGACUUGUCUGAUGGCAUCCACAUGGUGAAGGAUGCAAGGGAACGAGACUUUACAUCACUGGAAAACACAGUGGAAGAGAGACUAACGGAGCUAACCAAGUCUAUCAACGAUAACAUUGCCGUAUUCACUGAAGUCCAGCAAAGGAGCCAAGAUGAAAUAAAAAAUAUGAAAGCAAAAGUUGAUUCACUAGAAAAAGCAGAUGAGUAUAAGCGUGAAAUAAAGGUGCUAAAGGAUGCAUUUGGUGAGAUGCAAGCAUCCAUGAAAACCAAAGAAAAAGACAUAGAGACCUUGAAGAAUACAAUAAACUCCAUGGAGUCUGAUGUUUAUACCGAAGUGAAAGAAUUAGUCAAUCUCAAACAGGAGCAUGAGAAAUUCAAAGAGGCUGCAGACACUGAGCACCUCUCAUUAAAAGCUUUGCAAGAGAAAGUUCUGAGAGCAGAAGAGUCUGUUAUGCAGCUCCCUGAUGACAUUAAAAGACUUGAUGAAGAUUUACUGCGUAUUAAAGCUCAGCUCAGCAAAUGGGAAGAAAAUGAACUCUUUAGAAAAGCAUUAGAAACUUUUGAAAAUAACAGCGAAGGACUAGAGUCUCGAUUGAGGCACAUAGAGGAGAGCUUGAAGUCUGUAAGUUCUGUUGCUUCUCAGCAUGACGAAAAGUUACAAUCAUUCCUUUCUAAGGAGGCAGAAUAUGACAACAAGCUCAGUACUCUAGAGCAAAGCAUGAGUGGUCUUCAGGGAAUCACAGGUAUGGACAUAACUUCAGUCUCAGACGUUCUGAAAAAUCUGGGUGAAUCACAGACUUCACUUUACAAUGAUGUAGAGGACUUAAGAAGAAGUAUCAGUGACUUGCCAUCCUCAGAUGUCCUUCAGGAUGUCCAGAAGCAAAUUAGUAUUUUGUUGGAUCAAGGAAGUCUUCAGAUGGGUCAAGAACAUUCUCAAGGAUAUCUUGAAAAAUUUAAUUCUGUGGAAGGCUCUGUGGAUGAACUGAGAUCCUCUGUCAGCCAGGUUGAUUCUGAUUUGAAAAUGAUCAGAACUGCAGUGGAUAGUUUAGUUUCCUACUCUGUGAAAAUUGAGAAUAAUGAGAACAACUUGGAGUCUGUCAAGAGCUCCAUAGAUGACCUGAGGAAUGAUCUGGAAAGAUUGUUUGUGAAAGUUGAAAAAAUACAUGAAAAAGUUUAGGCAGCAUUGCUCCUUGUGCAUAUAUUGGAUUAAAGAAAAUAGCUUUUGUAAGCCCAGUUUUUUACUCUUUUUAAAAGCAAUUUGAUACCUCCAAAGAGAAUACUUUAAUAAUAGAGACAGUUCUGCUUAUUUCCUUUAUUUCUCUUUUUGUGUAGUUGUUUUGUUUUUGUUUUUUUUCUAUUUUAUUUUGAGAAAACAUGAGUUUAAUUAUGGGUUUCUAAGCGCUUCUGUUCUUUGUAAAGUUGUACCACUGCAACUGUAGUGGUGUAACUAAGGCACUACAGCCUCAUCAGCGUGGGCACAUAUUUAACGGUAUGAAGAUGGUUCACACUAUGACAUUAGAAAUUCCACACCAAAGUACCACAGCUAUUCUGGUAUGAAAAGUGUACUGCCAUAUGCACUGAGGAUUUUACUUGUGAAUGUGGUUUAAAAAGCAGACGAACAAACCUGUCACCCUGUCAAAUGAAGAGACCUAUCACCCUGAUCAGCUUUGAAGCAAGUCACCCAUUUCUGCAGUUGUGGCUCAGCCAUGGGGUCAGUUUACCAGCUACCAGCUGAAUUACGAUCCAUUUCUUUGUGCCCUUAAAAUGCACCAUGGAACUAAUGGGAAAGCGGGACCUCCAGUAAGGAGAGGUUUGAAGUGGUAUUGCUUGGGAAUGAGACCUAAGAGAGUGCUCCACCAUAUGGCUGGAGACGUCAAUUGCUUGUGGGUUUCUGUACCGGCAACUUCAGCUGCUGGUGCAACAGACUGGUGCUCAGGAGGAAUGUCUGCAAAGUGGGUACAGUAAUUCCUGUUGUAUUUUUGGGCUGUUUACAUGAUAAGGCUGUUUCUUACUCGUAGAGACCUAAGACUCCAUGAUACAGAAUUUUCUUUAAAAAUGAUCACAAAUGAGGAAGAAGGACUAAAAUUGCAGUUGUCAUGUUUCCUGUAUAGCAAUCAUGCUAAUAAUAAUAAUACAUUUCACAACACAAAAGGGGGGAAAUCAGCAUGAAAUCAGCAGAAUUGCUUCUAAAGUAUAUACAUUUCCAGGUUUUCACACAGCUGACAAUGACCUGAACUUAGGGCCAAUUCCUUAUGACUGGUUUCCCUCUGUAUCUGCCUGGGGCACCACUAGUGAAGGAUUCUUCCUGUAACUGGUUGAGAGAGAGGAAAAUGUGUCACAAUGCUCCAGGUGUUUAUGUUCAUUUCAAAAUCACUUUCACACUGAACUUUUUUGGUUUUCUGUCUGAAAGGAUAUCCCUCUGUUUCAAGUUUACUUUUGAACUUUAUCUGAAGAUUUAGUACAGGGUUCUGCACAUAGAUAUCUUGAAAAUAGGAACCACCGCUGGCUUUUGUGCAUUGUGCCCACCUCAGCCUGCACUUUGGCUACAUUAGGAAAAUCAUUCCUAGAAAUAGCUUCUCUAAAGUGGUGUGUUUGUGGGAACAGCACAGGUGAAAGGGAGUUCUCUUAGUUAAAUAAGAUAGCAAGCUGUAUCUUGUGUUGUUCACACUGUAAACAGGAAAGAACUGCUGGCAAAGAAAUAGACCCAUGGAUUUAAGAUAACUGUUGUCACUGUUUGAACUGCACUGUUCUUCUCAAUUUCUUGAACAAUGUUGUUUAGGUUACUGUGAAAUGAACUGUAUGGCUUGUUUGCAGUAUUUUUAAUGCAUAAUAAAUGUUUGGAAUAUUCUUUGCA